UUCCACCAAAUCCUUAUUAAAGAUAAAGAUAGAGAAAAGACAGCAUUUUCAGUAAAUGGUGCAAAAUAUGAAUUUGUUAGGAUGCCUUUUGGUUUAAAAAACGCACCGGCAAUAUUUCAACGAUGUGUUGACGAUAUUUUGGGUGAAUAUAUUGGAAAAUUUGCAUAUGUGUAUAUUGAUGGCGUACUGAUAUAUUCUUCUUCAACCGAAGAACAUAUUGAACACAUCCAAACUAUAAUCAAUGCACUCCAUAAUGCUAACAUGAAGAUCUCGAAAGAAAAAUCACAUUUCUUCAAAGAUUCCGUUGAAUACUUAGGCCACAUCAUUAAACACAAUAGAGUGACUGUAGACCCAAAUAAAAUCGAAACAAUAAAGAAGUUCCCUGAACCAAAAACUUUAAAAGAAUUGAGGUCAUUUUUAGGACUCGCCAGUUACUAUAGAAAAUUUAUUAAAAACUUUGCAAAAAUAACAAAACCCUUGACAAUACAUCUCAGAGGAGAACAAGGUAUGGUAAAAAAGAAUAAAAGCGCAAAAAUAGAAAUAAAGUUAGACGAAGCUGCAAUACAUGCCUUUGAAAAAAUUAAAAUAGAAUUACAGGCACAGGUAGAAUUGUAUCAACCAGAUUUUUCAAAACCUUUCGAACUCACGACUGACGCAAGUAAUUUUGCUAUAGGAGCUGUACUUGCCCAAAAUCGAAAACCCAUUUCUUUAUUUUUUUUUUAAGAAUUCUUAGCGAUACCGAACAAAGUUAUAGUACCAAUGAAAAAGAACUUUUAGCAGUAAUAUGGGCACUACAAAAACUACGAAAUUACUUGUACGGAGUAGCCAAUUUGACAAUUUAUACGGACCACCAUCAUUAAUUUAUUCUAUUAUAUAUCAGAAAAAAAUCCAAAUAGCAAAUUAAAAAGAUGGAAAAACUUAAUAGAGGAGUACGGAGCAAAAUUAGUUUACAAACCUGGUCAUCAAAAUGUUGUAGCAGAUGCACUUUCUCGACAACAAAUAAAUACCUCAACGGAUUGCUCAGCCCAUUCCGCACAAAGCUCACCAACAGAAAUAAUGAAAAAAGUGAAACAACCAUUCAACUCUUUCAAAAAUCAAAUAAUUAUUAUAAAAACCAAUGAAGAAAAAGAAACCGUAUCUCAGACAAUAUUUGCCGACCAUUUUAGACACACGAUUCACAAAUUUUAUGCAACAAGUUGAAGGAGGUAGUCAGACCAAACGUUACAAACGCUAUGAAGAAAUAUUUCACUUUGGAAAAGAUAUUAUUCGUACAUUUCCAAAUUGUACGUUUGUACAAGCACAAACACUCCUUAUUGAUAUUACGAAUAUCGAUAGACAAAAAGAGAUUAUUAUUCAAACUCACAGAAGAGCUCAUAGAAAUUACAAAAACAACGCUCAAGAGAUACUUUUAAACUACGGGUAUAUUCAUAAACGCAGUAUAAAUGCGCAGUAAUUGCAGCGCUGGCAACACUGCAAAUGUGACAAGUGAUGCAAUUGAUAGAUUUUUUGACGAUUUGCAAAAAGAUUUGUUGCAUUUAUGAACGCGUUUUACACUAAAAUGGAAGUAUUAUUGAGUUUAGUUGUUGACGAUAUAUGUGAAGUAAAAAGUGAUAGUUUUUUGCUAAAUUUAAGAAAAAAAAGACGUGUAAAGCUACAAAGAAGAUUACAUAUAGUAAAAUGUUCAUUAAAACGAAAAAUUCCCAAAAAUAAAUCUUUUUUUGAAACAAUACAAUUGUUUUCCGAGGACGUAUUUUAUUCUCAUUUUCGAAUGAAUUGGUCCACUUUUGAGUGUUUGAAAGCCGAUUUAACCCCAUUUUGGUCAACCGCAAGGACUGGUCGUUGCGGAAAAUCUUUGGAUAAAUGUUUGUACGUAACAUUAUGGAAAUUAUGUAAUAGCAGGGUCACUUUCCGACAGCUUUCGGAUCGGUUUGGUAUUGCGAACGGAGCUGCACAUUACCUGUUCAAAAAAACAAUUAAAGUCCUCUGUGAAUUGAAGAGCGAAAUAAAAUGGCCAUCUGUUGAACAGCAGCAAACAAUCAUGACGGAAUUCGAAAACAGCAGAGAGAAUCCGUUUCCCUUCAUAAUUGGUUGUUUAGAUGGAACGCACUUCAAUAUACCCACGCCUAGUGAAGAUGCUAUUAGCUACUAUGACCGCAAAGGGAAACAUUCUGUCCAAAUGCAGGCCAUAUGUGAUAGUCAAUUUCGUCUUUUGGAUGUCUUUAUUGGUUAUCCAGGCAGCUGCCACGAUGCUAAUGUCUGGAGAAGUAGCCCAGUAUGGCAUAACGUCCGGGCAGUUACAGCUAGCACCAGGUGCAAUAAUAUUGGGUGAUUCCGCGUAUCCUAUAUCGAAAUCCGUAAUGGUUCCUUACAGAGACAACGGACACCUCACCAGGGAA